AUGCAAGAGGAGCAUGGAAAAGCCGUUGGACAAAAUGGCAUUAUGAGGAAAGAAGAUGUCAUGAAAAAUACUCACGAAACCAUCUUGAGCCUAUGUAGGAAAAUUCUUGGGGACCCCACGGUGACCCGCAGAGCGCAACUACCGUGUCUCAGCUUUCUGUGGGGACUCCCGUGGACAGAACCGCUAAUUUUUAUUUAUGAGGGAGACUCUUGGCCCAGUGUUAUUUAUCCUUGUCACCUAUUUGAAGUGAGUGGCGGCUUUCUUCCCGUUGCAGCAAACAAUGGGGCGACGGCUAUUCAGCACGCCUCUCUCACCAAUUUUGAGACGGGCGCUUCCGGCAUUUCCAUCGAGGAUGAAGAUUAUGCCAUAAAGGUGUCUCGCUUUGAAUUGGUAGGGACUGUUUUCUCAUUUGAAUCUUAUCGAAUAUUUUCCCGGAAUACCUCACAGUUGAAUCCAUCUAUGAAACCCGAAUACAACCGGCCGGUGAGUUCUGCUGUGAUUCGAGUAAUUACGAAUGAGAGUGGAACCCCAUCGGACGAAAAAGCUGCCACUCAUCGCAUCAUGCAGCUGAAGAGAAGAGAGUUGUGGCAAAUUUUUUUCUACAGCUUUAUUCCUCUUAUUGGUGUCACUAGGGAACAUCUUGAAAAGAGGUGGAGCAGCUGCUUGACCAAUGGUCUGUCUCAGAGUGACAUGGAAAGUGGCGGGAUUUCAUCCAGCGCACACAGCAGUCAGGCCCUGAAUGAAGAAAGAAGUCUUGUUUCGCCGAACCAUCAUCCGGGGAUUUCUAUUUUCCACGCUUCUACUCGACAAAGUAGUAUUUUAAAAGCUAAUUCCUUAAAGUUUAACGAUGGGAGAAAAAAUUCUGCUGCGUCAUUUCUCACAACUGAAGGUGCAGAGAGAAAUUCUGACUUUUCGUUGAGAUGGGACAUUUUCCGUCAUUUAUUUGAUCAGGAGGAACGGUAUCGCACCGAUGUUGAAAGGUGUUGGGGAUACUGGGCAAAUGGGUGGGAUAAGGUGAAUCGUUUUGAUGUUGUAGAUUCUAUCGAUUGCAUCAUCACGUCGUUGGGAGGCUCUCGAGAGGCCGCCCAUGUCGCUGCCACUUACCUUGAUGCAUUUGUAUGCAUGUCGCAGACGGUAGUUAGGGAUGCCACUUAUUUUAGUGGGGUUCUUCUUGCUUGUGCGAUGCUGAGUUGUAAACAGGUGGAUCGUUUUUUUCCAUCUAUUAAAGCCUUUUUGCGUUAUUUGCGUCCGCAGCAUUCCAUCACCGCGACGGACUUUCAUCGAUAUGAGAUGCACGUACUGAAAACGCUGAACUUUUGUUUGCAGCCUGUCACAUCAUUAGAGAUUGUGGAGGUUUUGCUCUAUCUAUGCGGCGGCCCCGCUGCCCAGCAAGAUGCGGAGAGACGAUACCGCUUACGUGAGUUAAAGCGGUGGAAUGAUGGCGCCUGUGGCGGGGGUGGAGGAGGUAAUAAUAAUGUUUAUGAUAAUAACGCUAAUAAUAACGAGAAAAACACAAGUGAUGGUUACAGAAAGUGGACUGACGAUUCUUUUACUAACACGUAUCAUUUGCGGUGGAAUGACUUGUGUAAGUUGGCUCACUUUAUUGCCGAUUUGAUGAUUCGUAACACCAGGGCACAGGAAUUCCGUCACACCAUAAUGGGCCUUGCUAUUGUUGCAAUCGCCGCUGAAAAGACAUCCUGGGUACUCCCCGCCCCUCUUGUCGAAUUGCUUCCCGAGUCCUGCCGAGUGAGCAUCCAUGCGGGCGAAAAGGCGGAGCUAGACUGCGAGAGCUACGAGCUAUUGGUGCGCUACGCGGCGACAAUGCGGUGCCGAUGUGAGCAGGACGGAACGGAGACGGAUGCUGUAUCCCCGCUGUGGCGUGCGUUGGCAUUAGUUCAUGAGUGCUGCGAGGAAUUUGGCACAGGAGAGCAAGUCGCCAACAGUGUGCUUCAGCGACGGUAUAAUAUCAACCACGCGGCGGUUAUGAGUGGGGGCUUUUAG